CAAAAGUCCAAAAGUUCAAUCUUGACAGUGGAAAAUCCUCUAACCGUCCCCAAAUCACCAUGGCCGAAAACGACCCGGACCGGCACCUGCGCCAAAUCUACAACGUCGUCGGAGUGACGUCCGUCGUGCUGGACGUGGCCCAGCUGGUGAAGCGCCGCCGCGGCAGUCCACCGAAGAUCACCAAGGAGCAGGAGCUGCAGCAGCACCUGGACCGGGCCAAGGAGGCGCGCGCCGGCCGGUUGAACACGAUUGGACCGAAGCACCGGUUCGUGCUGGAAGCGGCCGCGCACGUGUUGAAUCUGGAGCCGGAGGUGCUGAUCGAUUGUACGGCGGACACGGACGAGUCGGUUGAGCGGAUGGAGCGACUGUUCGAGGCGGACGGGAGUAAGGGAUUGCUGAUUUACUAUGGGAUGUACGGGGCGCCCGGGUUGGACUCGGGGCGGUACAAUCCGAAGCAGAAACGACAGCAGUUGAUGCAAACGCUGGUUACGGACGGAGCGGAGGAGCAGGUCACGAACGUUUCGGUGGCCGCCUUUCGGCAUAACAACAGGAAGGUCGUAGAGGUGAAGACGCUGGGAGAGGACAUUUUUCUGGUGUCGAUUGCGAUUCCGGAAGGUGCCUCGAUCAUCUACACGCUGACCUGGUUGUUGGAGAAUAUCGCGAGACCGGCGCUGGACAGCAUCAAGGACUACGGGUACUGCACGGAUCUGCAGAAGAGUUACUUCUUCCACGGGGUUGAGACGUUCAUGAAGUUCUUGAAGAGUACCGAGAAGGACAUCUCCGAGCGGAUCAUGUUCGAGGUAGAUCACGAGUUGUACAAGGGCUUUCUGCUGACCAAGGUGCAGGUCGAGGAGACGGUUCGCGAUCGCGAGAAGGUCUACGCGGCGGAACGAGCCUUUGCCCGCUGGAUGCGCAAGAUCGAGUAUGCGCUGACGCAGGGUAACCAGAUUCGGCGUGACCCGUACGACGUGGGACCGUUGCAUGAGCUGGAGUACUGGCGCAGCAUGCUGACAAAGUACACCUCGAUCGCGGAGUUUAUCGAGUCACAGCCGUUCCUCCGGUAUCAGUACUGCUUGAAAUUGUCGCGUUCGAAGCUGAUGAAGAAGUGGUACCAGAUGGACAAGGAAGUCACACGUAAGUUGAACGAGUCGCGGGACAAUGUACGGUACAUCAGCUCGAUCGAGCGAUUCUGGGAUCCGCUGUACCGGUGCGAGCCUGAAGAGGUCUCGAUGAACAUUGCCAGCUUGUUGACAAUCAUUCGUCAGGUGUACAAGACGUCGUCGUUUUACAAUACGUCAGAGCGAAUUACCGGGCUGCUGUCGAAGGUUACCAACCAGAUUAUUAUGAACUGUCAGCAGUACAUGACUUGUCGGCGAAAGAUGACGAUUUACGAGCAGCGCAAAGAGGACAUAAUCAAAAAGAUCGAGGUUUGCAAAGCACUGGACAUGACGUACAGGUUCUACUACUACAAGGCGGUCAACGAUAUGGAGGAAAGUCCGGACGAAACUCCGUGGGAAUGUUCGGACAUGUACAUAUUUGGAAAGAUGGACACGUUCAACGCCAGGUUGGAUAAGAUAAAGAACAUCAUGGAGCUGUUCCUAAAGUACCAGGUGAUCGAUCGCAUCGGAAUCGCUGGCACAAACGUCUUCUCCAGCCGCAUCAACAAGGCGUUUGACGUGAUUGCUGCCAAGCCGUACGACCCGCUGGUUCAUCGUCAGCACCAGUUUGAUGUGGACUUUGAAGUGUUCAAAAAGGAGGUCGAAGCGGCUGAAAUUGGCUUGCAGAAAUUUGCAAAGGAAAUGUGCAACGAAGUUCCAACUAUUGAGAGUCGUCUGUUGGUGCUGAACCGCUUUGAAAGACUCCGCCUGGAUUGUCUGUGCUUGGACCGACGCUACCUGGACAUAGCUGUCCUGUUGGAAAAAGACAUUUUCGACAUCAAGGACUAUUACAAUGAGAACCGAGCGAAUCCCCCAAUUAUCUGGGGAGUCCCGAACUCCGUUGGACGGAUCAUGUGGGCGCGAUCGCUGUUCCGCAAGAUGGAUGAUCCGAUCAAGGUGAUCAAAGCGCGAAGUUGCGUGAUCGAGCACCGAAAGGCCCAGCUAUGCGUCAAGUACUACAACUACCUCUGCGAAGUUCUGUUGCAUUACGAGAUGCUGCACCAUCGUGCCUGGUGGGACUUCGUGGAGCAAGCCAGAGAGAAGCUGGAGGCUCCAAUCUACAGGAAGAACCUGGACACCAACUGGUUACAGGUCAACUUCCAUCCAUUUCUCCGACAAACGAUCAAAGAAACGGAGAACAUGCUCAAGUGGCAACUGGCAGCACCAGACUUUGCCGUGUUGCUGGUGCUUCAGAAGGAUAACCUUUACAACGCUUACGAGCGGGUCAAAGACCUACUGAUGCGGAACAAUCGUGUAAGGUUGGACAUUCCGACCAUCUUCCUGCCCUUGAUGAGAACAAUGCUGAUCAAGCUGGAAGAUGCGUUUUUGCCUGGACUGACGACAAUAACCUGGAUGUCGCUGAACUUGAAGGACUACUUGAACCAGGUUGAAAAGGUCAUCAUCAACAUCGAAUACUUUGUCAAAGAGGUGAACGACAUCCGUGAGGCGCGCAUCGAGGACGUUCUGUACUCGUUUGCGAACACCGAUUUGCUUUCACUGCCCGGCGAAGCGGUCACUCCGGAAGCAUUCACCGACAUGAACGUCAAGUACAGACAGACGAUCGAGAAAUUCCUCCAGAAGAAGUCGCAAGCGAUGGAGAAAGCAACGAUCGAGCUGAUCAACAAGUUUGUGGAAAAUAUCGAGGUGGCCGAGGUUGAUGAGCGUGGCAAUCGCAAGUUUCAGCUGCCGCUGGAGCAGAUAGACGACGACAAUCGGCGCCGGGAGGAGGCACUGCCGAUCGACAAGUACGACUGGAUUAGCUUCGACAAGAUUUACAAGGCGCUGGCGUAUCCGUCGGUGGAGAUGCACAUCAAGUCCUUGUUUCAAGACUACACCGGACUGAACUACGACGUCACGCUGCUUCACAUUGACUGUAUGGAGUUGUUUGCUUACUUCAACCACCGGAUCAUUGCGGUAUUCGUGAGAAUGGUGAAGACUGCGCUGGAGAAGCUGCGAAAUCGGAUCAAGCUGGUCAACCUCCAAAACAACAAAGCCGCAGCUAUGCGGGACAUCAACCCACUUCUGCUGACCGAGAUGGAGUUGGAGCCGGAAGCGUGCGUCAUCCAACCAUCGCUCGAGCAAAUCCAGGUUAGUUUCCAGCGGGUCAUCAUGAACGUAGUGGAGACCUUCUACGCAGUUUCGACCUGGGGUCGUCAAGCGAAGACGGAAGCUCGGAAGCUGCGUCGUCCGGUGCUGGACGAGGUACGCCACGAGCGGUCCUGGUUCCUGACGAUUUCCGAGCACAAGGAAGUAUCCCGCUUUAUCCACGAGUUUGACGGAGGAUUGCUGCUGGUCGAGCCGGACAUUGAUCUCGAGCUGCACACCGUGUUCAACCACUACGAGUACAUGUGGAAGAGUGAUUUGUUUGCGAUUCCGCUGGAGGAGAAGCCGGCCCGGUUCGAGAAGAUUCAGCUUGACCUGGGUGAUGUGGUGUUCCUGUCGCAGGUUGGACCCAUCACGAUACGAUCAGAUCGUGUGGUGAAGGUGGUGCUGACAAAGUUGUUGGCGUUCUACACGCAGCGGAUAUCGGAGAUUACCAAGUUCAUUACGGAACACGAUGCGGUGUUGAGCCGUACGCUGAAGGAUCUGGACGAUAUCAAGAUGGCGAUGGAAUGUCUGCAAAAGGUUCAGGAUAACUUUACCUUUAUCGAUGUGGAUCUCGGGUUCAUCGAGGCAACGUACAGUACACUGUCGGAGUUUGAGUUGGGAAUCACGAAGGAUGACAUGGAUCACGUGUACGGAUUGCGUGAAAUGUUUAAAACAAUGGCCAAGAAGGUGGAACAGGUCGAGAACGACAUUAUCGCACUGCAAGUACCGCUGCAGCGAGAGCUCGCCGAAGGAGUGGCAGAGUUUACCGAAGAGAUUGACGAGUUUGACAAAGAGUUUGAUGACAAAGGGCCCAUGGAGGAAGGAAUUUCUGCGAAGGAAGCCAGCGAUCGUGUGCUGAUGUUCCAGGCAAGGUUCGACGAGUUGUGGCGUAAGUUUGAAAUGUUUGCCAGCGGUGAAGCCUUCCUGGGGCUGAAGGUCAACGACUACCCAAUCUUGCACAAGCGCAAAAAGGAGCUGAACCUGCUGAACAAGCUGUACUCGCUGUACUUGCAAGUGAUGAGAAGCAUUGACGAGUACUACGAGACGCCAUGGAUGGACGUGGACAUUGAGAAGAUCAACACCGAACUGACAGACUUUCAGAAUCGUUGUCGUAAGCUGCCCAAAGGUAUGAAGGACUGGUUGGCGUACAUCGACUUGAAGAAGAAAAUCGACGACUUCAACGACAGUUGCCCGCUGCUGGAGCUGAUGUGCAACGAGGCAAUGAAAGAUCGACACUGGGAGAAGCUGGAGAACCUCUUAAGUUGCCAGUUUGAAGUGGAAUCCCCCUCUUUCUUGCUGGGUAAUGUGAUGGAAGCUCCACUGCUAGCGCACAAGGACGACAUUGAGGACAUCUGCGUGGGAGCGGUCAAAGAGAACGACAUCGAUUCCAAACUGCGACAGGUCAUUGCGGAAUGGUCCGCGGUGAACUUGCAGUUUGCCAACUUCAAGAACCGUGGUGAACUGUUGAUCAAGCCGACGGAAACGCUGGAAAUCAUCUCGUUGCUGGAAGACAGCACCAUGAUUGUGAGUUCGCUAGCUUCCAAUCGUUUCAACGCCCACUUCAAGAAGGAAAUCAUGAACUGGCUGCACAAACUGUGCAACACCGGAGAAAUCUUGGAAAAGUGGCUGCAAGUUCAGAACUUGUGGAUCUACUUGGAAGCGGUAUUCGUUGGCGGUGACAUUUCCAAACAGCUGCCGCAGGACGCCAAGCGGUUCGCAGGAAUUGACAAGUCGUGGGUGCGGAUCAUGUUCCGAGCCAGGGACAAUCCGAACGCCGUCGAGUGCUGCACCGGGGAAGAUACGAUGGCGUACACGCUGACGGCGCUGCUGAACCAGCUGGAGUCGUGUCAGAAAUCGUUGACGGGAUAUCUGGAGUCGAAGCGGUUGCUGUUUCCGCGGUUCUUCUUCAUUUCCGAUCCGGUGCUGCUGGAGAUUCUUGGCCAGAGUUCGGACCCAACCUCGAUCCAGGCUCAUUUGCUGAGCAUCUUCGAUGCCGUGGCACGCGUUGAGUUUGAGGAGAAGACUUUUGGCAAGAUAAUCUCGCUGAUGUCGGACAACGGGGAAGUGGUUCCACUGGGAAGACCGGUAUUCUGUACGGGUGGCGUUGAACUCUGGAUAAAUCGUUUGCUGGUGGAAAUGCAGGACACAAUUCGUGACAUCUUGGCAACGAUGGCGCAAAACUUGAACAGUGCGGACUUUGACUUCAUCACAGGAUUCCAAGAAUUCUGCGGACAAGCUGGCUUGGUGGGAGUGCAGCUUCUCUGGACAACUGGGGCGGAGUACGCGUUACGGAAGUGUCGCACCGAUAAGAACAUUAUGCGAAAGACGAAUCAACGUUUCUUGGAUCUGCUCAACAGCUUGAUCGAACUCACGGUCAAGGACCUGACCAAGUUGCAGCGUAUUCGCUUCGAAACCAUGGUCACAAUUCACGUACAUCAGCGGGACAUUUUCGACGACCUGGUGCGGUUGAAGAUCAAGACGGCGAUGGACUUUGAGUGGCAAAAGCAAGCUCGGUUCUACUACAUUGAGGAAACGGAUGACGUGAUUGUGAAAAUAACGGACGUUGACUUUAUCUACCAGAACGAGUACCUGGGAGUUACGGAACGGUUGGCCAUUACUCCGCUGACGGAUCGGUGCUACAUUACGCUGGCACAAGCGAUUGGGAUGUCCAUGGGCGGUGCACCGGCGGGUCCUGCUGGAACGGGUAAGACCGAGACGACCAAGGACAUGGGACGAGCAUUGGGCAAGUUGGUGGUCGUUUUUAACUGUUCGGAUCAAAUGGACUUCCGUGGAUUAGGACGAAUCUACAAGGGACUGGCACAAUCAGGAUCAUGGGGAUGUUUUGACGAAUUCAAUCGGAUUGAACUUCCGGUGUUGUCGGUGGCAGCUCAGCAGAUUUACAUCGUACUGGUGGCUCGAAAAGAGAAAAAGAACGAGUUCAUCUUCAGCGAUGGCGACACCGUGUCACUGAAUCCAGAGUUUGGACUGUUUAUCACGAUGAACCCAGGUUACGCUGGACGACAGGAGCUGCCCGAGAAUCUGAAGAUUAUGUUCCGGUCUGUUGCCAUGAUGGUUCCCGAUCGGCAGAUCAUCAUGCGCGUAAAGCUGGCCAGUUGCGGCUUCAAGGACAACGUCAUCUUGGCCCGCAAGUUCUUCACGCUGUACAAGCUGUGCGAGGAGCAGCUUUCGAAGCAGGUUCACUACGAUUUCGGACUGCGGAACAUUCUGUCCGUGUUGCGUACGCUGGGAGCGCAGAAGCGAGCUAACCCAACAGAUACGGAGGAAACGAUCGUGAUGCGGGUGUUGCGGGACAUGAACGUUUCCAAGCUGGUAGAUGAGGACGAACCGCUGUUUCUUUCGCUCAUUGAAGAUCUCUUUCCGGGUAUUAAGCUGAGUACAUCGACGUACAAGGAUCUUCAGCGGGCGAUCGGGAACAGCGCAGAGGCGCUCGGACUUAUCAACCAUCCUGAAUGGAACUUGAAGGUUAUUCAGCUGUACGAAACCUCGCUGGUUCGACACGGUUUGAUGACCCUGGGACCGACGGGGGCCGGGAAGACGCGCUGCAUCCAUACGCUGUUAAAUAGCUUUACGGAACUAGGACUACCGCACAAGGAGAUUCGUAUGAACCCGAAGGCAAUAACUGCGCCGCAGAUGUUCGGACGCCUCGACGUAGCGACCAACGACUGGACCGACGGAAUCUUUUCGACGCUUUGGAGGAGGACGCUCAAAAUCAAGAAGACCGACUUUGUUUGGUUGAUUCUGGACGGACCCGUUGACGCGGUUUGGAUUGAGAACUUGAACUCGGUGCUGGACGACAACAAAACGCUGACGCUGGCCAACGGUGAUCGUAUUACGAUGGCUCCGAACGCAAAGCUGGUGUUUGAACCGGACAACGUGGACAACGCUUCGCCGGCAACGGUUAGUCGGAUGGGUAUGGUCUUUAUGAGUGCGUCGGUGCUCAAAUGGGAGCCGAUUCUUGACGGAUGGUUGAAACGAAAGCCGUCCGAGGUAGCGGACUCGUUGAGGAAGUACUUCCACAAGAUUUACGACGAUCUACACAGCUUUGUGCAGACGAAGCUUGCGGCCAAGAUGAAGAUUCUGGAAGCGAUCUACAUUCGGCAGUGUUGCGAUAUCUUGGAAGGACUGUUGGCACCGCCAAGUGAAGAGGCGCCUCCGAUCGAGUUCUCCGACAGACACUUGGAGCGCAUAUUCUUGUUUGCGGUUAUGUGGUCACUCGGGGCCGUUCUAGAGUUGGAAGAUCGCGAAAAAAUGGGCGAGUUUAUUGCGAAGCAUCCGUCCAAGAUGCGAUGGCCCAAGAUUCAACCAGGAGAGACUAUCUUUGAGUAUGUGGUGUCUGCCGAUGGAAACUGGCAGCACUGGAACGAGCGCGUCGAGGAGUACAUCUACCCAAGUGACAGCGUUCCUGAAUAUGCCAAGAUUCUGGUCCCGAACGUGGACAAUGUCCGUACAGCGUACCUAAUCGACCUCAUAGCAAAGCAGAGCAAAGCGGUCCUGUUGAUUGGUGAGCAAGGCACCGGAAAAACGGUCAUGAUCAAGGGCUACAUGCUGAACUACAACCCGGAGUAUCAUCUGUCCAAGAGUUUCAACUUCUCGUCAGCCACCACUCCGAACAUGUUCCAGCGAAUCAUAGAGUCGUACGUUGAGAAGCGAGUAGGAACGAACUACGGACCACCUCAGAAUCGUAAAAUGUCCAUCUUCAUCGACGACAUCAACAUGCCCGUGGUCAACGAGUGGGGCGAUCAGGUCACCAACGAAAUAGUCCGACAGCUCAUGGAGAACGUCGGAUUCUACUCGCUCGACAAGCCCGGUGACUUCCUGAACAUCCUGGACAUUCAACUGCUUGCGGCGAUGAUUCACCCCGGUGGAGGUCGUAACGACAUUCCUCCUCGGCUCAAGCGACAGUUUUGCGUGUUCAACUGUGCUAUUCCGAGCAACACCUCGAUGGACAAGAUCUUCGGCGUGCUCGGUGAGGGUUACUUCUGUGAGUCACGCUUCAAUGCGACGGUCGUGGCGUUCAUCCCAAAGCUGGUCGCGCUGACUCGGAAACUGUGGCAAGCUACCAAGACCAAGAUGCUGCCGACGCCGGCCAAGUUCCAUUACGUAUUCAACUUGCGAGAUUUGUCCAGAAUAUGGCAGGGUAUGCUGACGAUCAAGUCCGAAGAGUGCGAAACGAUCAAGACGGUCAUCAACCUGUGGCGCCACGAGUGCACCCGCGUAAUCGCCGAUCGUUGCACCAACUUUGACGAUCGUAACUGGUUCGUGGCAAAGAUGCGCGAACUUGCCGAGUCGGAGCUGGAGCCGGCCGAGUACGAGCUGUACGACGAGCAGGAAACGUUCUUUGUGGACUUUUUGCGAGAUGCGCCGGAUCCGACCGGGGAGGAGGGCGAGGACGUUAGCCUGGAGCCGCCCAAACUGUACGAAGAGAUUCCCAGCUUUGAGGAGACGACCGCGCGGGUGCGGAUGUUCAUGGAACAGUUCAACGAGCAGGUACGGGGUGCCUCGAUGGAUAUGGUGUUCUUCCGGGAUGCGUUGAUUCACUUGAUGAUCAUCUCGAGGAUUAUUCGGACGCCUGGCGGGAACGCGUUGCUGGUGGGCGUUGGGGGUUCUGGAAAGCAGAGUUUGACGAAGCUGGCGUCGUUUAUCGCCGGUUACAAGUACUACCAGAUCACGCUGACAAGGUCGUACAAUAUCAACAACUUGAUGGACGAUCUGCGGUAUCUGUACCGGGUUGCGGGCUUGGAAGGACAAGGUAUUUCGUUUAUUUUCACCGAUAACGACAUCAAGGACGAAGGUUUUCUGGAGUUUAUCAACAAUGUGUUGAGUUCUGGAGAGAUUGCAAAUCUGUUCCCAAAGGAUGAUCUAGACCAAAUCAUGAACGAGCUGAUACCGAUCAUGAAGAAGGUUGACCCGAAGCGAAUACCAACACAAGAUAACCUGUACGACUUCUUCAUAUCGCGAGCGAAGGCCAACUUGCACAUUGUGUUGUGCUUCUCACCUGUCGGAGAGAAGUUCCGAAACCGGUCGCUCAAGUUCCCCGGACUAAUCUCCGGUUGUACGAUCGACUGGUUCCAGCGCUGGCCUGAGGACGCUCUGAUUGCCGUGUCUAAUCACUUCCUCAAGGACUACAGCAUCGUGUGCAAGCCCGAGGUCAAGCAAAACCUGAUCGAGAUCAUGGCGUUCGUGCAGGACAAGGUGGCAGAAAUUUGUGUCGACUACUAUGAACGCUUCCGACGGCAGGCGCACGUUACCCCGAAGUCCUUCCUGUCCUUUCUCGAGGGAUACAAGGUUAUCUACCAGGAAAAGCACGACAACAUUGCCGUGAUGGCUAGCCGGAUGCAAACCGGUUUGGUAAAGCUAAUCGAAGCGGCCGCUUCGGUGGAUGUGCUGCGCGUUGAGCUCGAGGAGAAGGAAAAGGACAUUAUCGUGGCAACUCAAGCGGCGGAAAUCGUGCUCGCAUCGGUGACCCAAUCGCAGCAGGACGCGGAAGUUGUCAAGGCCGAGGUUAUGGUCGUGAAGAACAAGGCGGACAUCCUGGUAGAGCAGAUCGCGGCUGAAACGGCGGUGGCCGAAGAGAAGCUGGAAGCUGCACGCCCUGCACUAGAGGCGGCUGAAGCUGCUUUGAAGACGGUAACCCCGGCGGAUAUUGCCACGGUGCGAAAGCUGGGCAAACCUCCGUACUUGAUUACGCUGAUUAUGGACGUGGUGUUGAUUUUGUUCCGAAGACGAAUGAAUGCCGUCAAGCCAGAUCCGGAGCGGCAGUUUUUGAUGGCAUCCUGGGAGGCGUCACUUAAAGUGAUGGCCGAUACGGGAUUCCUGAACAAGAUUGUUCGAUACCAGGCAGAUUUGAUCAACGCUGAGACGGUAGAUUUGAUGAUACCCUACUUCAAGUAUCCGCUGUACACGUUUGAAGCCGCCAAAGCUGCUUGCGGUAACGUGGCCGGUUUGCUGCAGUGGACAAAGGCCAUGGCACAGUUUUACGAUGUGAAUAAGGACGUUCUGCCGUUGAAGGCAAACUUGGCGCGACAGCAGAAGAAACUCGACAUUGCAUCGGUUCAACGGGAGGAAGCCGAACAACAGUUGAUGGCAAAGGAGAAGGAGCUGGCCCAGGUUCAGCAAGAGUUUGACGACGCCAUGUCGAAGAAGCAAGCCGUGCUGGAUGACGCAAAGGCGUGCCAGGACAAGAUGGACGCUGCUUCUGCGCUGAUCAAUGGGUUGGCGGACGAGCGGGUUCGCUGGACGGAUCAGUUGUCGCAGUUCAAGAGUGAAACCGACAGGCUUGUGGGGGAUGUGCUUAUCUUGACUGGGUUCCUCUCGUACACGGGACCGUUCAACCAGGAGUAUCGGACGAUGCUGCAGAAGGCUUGGCAGCAAGAGCUGCAGAAUCGGAAGAUUCCGGUAUCGCUGAACAUUAGCAUCAUGGAGAAUUUGACGGACGACGCGACUGUUGGAGAGUGGAAUUUGCAGGGAUUACCGAACGAUGAGUUGUCGAUACAGAAUGGUAUCAUCGUGACGAAGGCCGCAAGGUAUCCGCUGCUUAUCGACCCGCAAUCGCAGGGGAAAAUAUGGAUCAAACAGAAGGAGAAAGAGAAUGGGUUGAUCGUGACUUCGUUGGAGCAUCGCUUCUUUAGGAAUCAUAUUGAGGACUGCGUUUCGCAAGGUAUUCCGCUGAUGAUCGAGGACGUUGGUGAAGAGCUGGAUCCCAUCUUGGACAAUGUGCUGGAAAAGAAUUUCAUUAAAAUGGGUAACACGUACAAGGUGAAAGUUGGUGACAAGGAGGUGGACGUGCACUCGGACUUCCGGCUGUACAUCACGACAAAAUUGCCAAAUCCGUUGUACACUCCGGAGAUUUCUGCUCGCACGUCAAUCAUCGACUUUACCGUCACGAUCAAGGGACUGGAGGAUCAGCUGCUGGGUCGGGUGAUCUUGACCGAAAAGCGGGAACUGGAAUCGGAGCGGACGAAUCUCAUCAAGGAUGUGACGUCUAACCGGAGAAAGAUGCAGGAACUGGAAGCGAAUCUGCUGCACAAGCUGUCGACGACGCAGGGUAGCUUGGUGGACGAUGUUACGGUGAUUAUAGUGUUAAAUACCAGCAAGACAACGUCGAUUGAGGUUCGGGAAAAGCUGAAGAUUGCUCGGGAGACGGAGAUAAAGAUCAAUAGGGCUCGAGAGGAGUACCGGCCGGUGGCGACGAGGGGAAGUGUGUUGUACUUUUUGAUUUGCAGCAUGUCGAUGGUGAACAACAUGUACCAGACUUCGCUGGUGCAGUUUUUGGAGCGAUUCGACAUCUCGAUGGCACGUUCGGACAAGCACAUUGUGACGUCACGGCGGAUUAACAAUAUCAUUGAAUACCUGACCCAUGAUAUCUUCCAGUACAUUUGUCGGGGACUGUACGAGGUGCACAAGUAUCUGUUUGUGCUGUUGAUGGCGCUGAACAUUGAUUUGGACAAGAAGACGAUCACGCACCAGGAGUUUCAGACGUUCAUCAAGGGAGGAGCUGCGUUGGAUAUUAACACGUGUCCGCCGAAGCCGUUCAAGUGGAUUGCGGACAUUGCAUGGUUGAACAUCAUUCAGCUGUCCUCGUUGCAUCAGUUUUACGAGAUUCCCCAGCACAUUGAGUUCAACGAGAAGGGUUGGAAGAGUUGGUUUUCGAAGGAAGCGCCGGAGGAGGAUGUGAUUCCCGACGGGUAUCAAGGGAUGGAUGCGUUCCGGAAGUUGCUGCUGAUACGAGCUUGGUGUCCAGAUCGGACGCUGUCGCAGAGCAGAAAGUAUCUGGCAAUGUCGCUGGGCCAGCGAUUCGCCGAUCCGGUUAUAGUGAAUUACGACGUUAUGCUGGAGGAGAGUCGCCCGUUGACUCCGCUGGUUUGCUUCCUGUCGAUGGGUUCGGAUCCGACGCCGAGUAUCGAAGCGCUGGCUAAGAAGAACGCCAUCAAGUGCCGGUCGAUUUCGAUGGGCCAGGGUCAGGAGGUGCACGCGAGGAAGUUGAUAUCGGCCUCGUUGGAGGAGGGAUCGUGGGUUUUGCUGCAGAACUGUCACUUGGGGCUAGAGUAUGUGGCGGAGCUUAUGGUGCAGAUCAUGGAGUUGGAAAAGGUUGGGACCGGGUUUCACAAUGACUUUCGGGUUUGGGUUACGACGGAGCCACAUCCGCAGUUCCCAAUUACGUUUCUGCAGAUGUCGAUCAAAUUUACGAACGAACCUCCGUCGGGGGUGAAAGCGGGGCUGAAGCGAACUUACGGAUCGAUGACGAUUGAGAUGUUCGAAUACAGCGAGUCGGUGUUUUACGUGCCGUUGAUUUUUGCGAUUUCGUUUUUGCAUACGGUUGUGCAGGAGAGGCGGAAAUUUGGCCCGCUGGGGUGGAACAUCCCGUACGAGUUUAAUUCUGCGGAUUGGCUGGCAAGCUGCAUGUUUGUGCAGAACCACUUGGACGAUCUGGAUCCGAAGCGAGGUAUCAGCUGGAAGACGGUGCGGUACAUGCUGGGUGAGGUUCAGUACGGUGGAAGAGUUACGGACGACUAUGACAAGCGGCUGUUGAACACGUUUGCGAAGGUUUGGUUUUCGGACGCAAUGUUUUUGGACGAGUUCAACUUCCACGGAGACUACCGGAUCAUGAAGUUUAAGUCGAUCGAGGAGUAUAUGGAGGCGAUCGAGCACAUGCCGCUGGUUGAUCCGCCGCAGGUUUACGGACUGCACGCCAACGCGGAUAUUACGUAUCAGAGCAAUACGACGAAGGAGAUUUUGGACACGAUCGUGUCGAUCCAACCAAAAGAGUCUGCCGGAGGCGGAGGUGAAACACGAGAAGCUACCGUAGCUCGGCUGGUGCACGACAUGUUGUCCAAGGUACCUGCACCGUACGAUCCGUUUGCCGUGAAGGAACGACUCAAGAUUAUGGGUCACCUCGGGUCGAUGAACAUCUUUUUGCGCCAGGAAAUUGAUCGAAUUCAAAAGAUUAUUCUACUGGUGCGAACGACGCUGAAGGACCUCCUCCUAGCCAUCGACGGUAUCAUCAUCAUGAACGAGCAGCUUCGCGACGCCCUGGACAAUAUCUACGAUGCUCGGGUGCCGGAAGUUUGGAAACGAGGGAGCUGGGCGUCAUCGUCGCUUGGCUUCUGGUUUACAGAACUCAUAGAGCGCAACCAACAGUUUUACACGUGGUGCUUCAAGGGUCGCCCCAACAUGUUCUGGAUGACGGGAUUCUUCAACCCGCAGGGAUUCCUAACAGCUAUGAGACAGGAGGUGGCCCGGGCGCACAAGGGCUGGGCGCUGGACGUGGUUACGCUUCAUAACGACGUGACCAAAAUGUUGACCGAGGAGUGCAAGCAACCGCCGCCGGAGGGCGUUUUUGUGUACGGAUUGUAUUUGGAUGGUGCGGGCUGGGAUCGGAGGAACAACCGGCUGCAGGAGGCGAUCAACAAGGUGCUGUACACGGCGAUGCCGGUGGUUCACAUUUACGCGAUCAAUUCGACGGCGGCCAAGGAUUCCAAGUUGUAUGAGUGUCCCGUCUACAAAAAGUCCAACCGAACCGAUUUGAACUACAUCACUCCGCUGUGGUUGCACACGCUGAAAUCACCGGACCAUUGGAUUCUACGCGGAGUGGCGCUGCUGUGCGAUAUCAAAUAAUUUUACGGCCGUGAUAUUUAUUGAAAACGUUGUACCUUCUGCGUAUCCUUCACAAUAUAUUUGUUUAAUUCGUUCAAAUUCC